AUGAUGAACGGUUAUUCCCUUCGGUCCGCUUCCGCUCUCGCGCGCCGGUCCCUGGUGACCCCUCCUACGGUUGUCCCCAAAACUUCUUCUUCUGCUGUCGCUGCUGCUCGUCUUCUCUCAACCUCCUCUACCUCUUCCGCGCUUCCUCACUCACGACGAUCUUUCUCCUCCGCCCUUCACCUUUCUCGCACUACUCGUGUCGCCGCUGCUACCCGUUGGUCCGCUUCGACUCCGUCUCCGUACCUGACUCAAUCCCGCACCAUGGCCUCUGAAAGCACCAAGAUCAAGGUCAAGAACCCAGUGGUGGAGCUGGAUGGUGAUGAGUUGAUUCUGCCAUACCUCGACAUCGAUCUGAAGUACUAUGACUUGGGUCUGGAAUAUCGUGAUGAGACCAACGACCAAGUCACAAUUGACGCCGCCGAGGCGAUCAAGAAGUACGGCGUCGGUGUCAAGUGUGCUACCAUCACUCCCGAUGAAGCCCGCGUGGAGGAGUUCAAGCUGAAGAAGAUGUGGCUGUCUCCCAACGGUACCAUCCGUAACAUCCUCGGCGGUACUGUCUUCCGUGAGCCCAUCAUCAUCCCCCGCAUUCCCCGUCUGGUGCCCGGCUGGAACAAGCCCAUCGUCAUUGGUCGUCACGCCUUCGGUGACCAGUACCGUGCUCAAGACCGUGUCAUUCCUGGCCCCGGUAAGCUGGAGUUGGUCUACACCCCUGCCGGCGGCGAACCUGAGCGUGUUCAGGUCUAUGACUUCAAUGGCGGCGGUGGUGUCGCUCAGUGCCAGUACAACACUGACGACUCCAUCCGUGGCUUCGCCCACGCUUCCUUCCAAAUGGCCCUGAUGAAGGGUUUGCCCCUGUACAUGAGCACCAAGAACACUAUCCUCAAGCGCUACGAUGGCCGCUUCAAGGACAUCUUCCAGGAGAUCUUUGAGAAGGACUACAAGAAGGACUUUGAUGCCAAGAAGAUUUGGUACGAGCACCGUCUCAUUGACGACAUGGUCGCUCAGAUGAUCAAGUCUGAGGGUGGCUUUGUCAUGGCCCUGAAGAAUUACGACGGUGACGUUCAGUCCGACAUUGUCGCCCAGGGCUUCGGCUCCCUUGGUCUGAUGACCUCCACCCUGGUCACCCCUACCGGAGAGGCCUUUGAGUCCGAGGCUGCCCACGGUACUGUCACCCGUCAUUACCGCGAGCACCAGAAGGGCCGCGAGACUUCCACCAACCCCAUUGCUUCUAUCUUCGCCUGGACCCGUGGUCUCGUCCAGCGUGGUAAGCUCGACGAGACUCCCGAUGUCGUGGCCUUUGCCGAGGAGCUUGAGCGCGCCUGUGUUGAGGUUGUCAACGACGAGGGUAUCAUGACCAAGGAUCUUGCUCUCGCCUGUGGCCGUAAGGACCGUGAGGCUUGGGUCACCACCAACGAAUACAUGAACGCUGUCGAGCGUCGCCUCAAGGCCAACCUCAAGGCUCGUCUGUAA